AUGGCCCGCUUAAUCCUCGCCCUCCUCGCCGUGACCGGGCUUGCAUCGGCCGGUAGCACCCUGGCCUCGCGAAAGGAUACCGAAACCAAGCCAGAGGUCGAUAUCACGGCGCUGACCAAGAAUGUCUCGGCGACGUCCGGAACGGGCGCCGUCAGCGCAGCGGGAACGCUGCCGCCGUUUGGGGCUAUUGGGGUCGGUUGUGGGAUAAACUGGGCCGAGGGGCAGUCUUUUGGCGGUGGCCUGCAAUCCGGCUCCGAAGCCUUUGGUCUCGGCGGUGGGUUCACCAUCACCAAGGACAAUAUGAACAUUGGCCUCGGAAUCGGCAUCAACCCGAUCAAUUUCACCUCUAGCGUCAGCUACGAGGCCUCGACGAACGGCAGCGUAAGCCUCGUCUUCACGGCGACGACGGCAAUCAAGUGCGAGGAGACGACGGUUAAUGGGGUCAAGGGCGUCAAGUGUACGUCUACCUGA